AUGCAAGGGGACUACCAGAAAGUCUCAUGGAUAAGACUUGUAUGUAAUAAUGCUGGAAGUCCAAAGUGGAUCUUUAUAUUGCGGUUGAUAGCUCAUGGAAAACUAUACACUAAAGACAGGCUUGCAAAAUGGGGUAUUGUGAAUAAUAUGAUCUGUCCACUAUGUGAAAGUGAGGAUGAAUCCAGAGAACACCUUUUCUUUCUGUGCAAAUACUCAGAAAGUGUGUGGAGCAGAUUACUAAAAUGGCAGGGGAUAAGAAGGAAACAUAUGGGAUGGAUUAUGGAGCAAGAAUGGGUCGAGAGAUAUGCUAGAGGCAAAAAUGGCAGUGCUGAUAUAUACAGAAUGACCUUAGCAGCAUGUGUCUACGCUAUUUGGCAAGAGAGGAACCUCAGAGUAUUUCAGAACAAGAAAAGAGAUGCUGAAUGGUUGACAAGAUCAAUUGUGCAAGAUGUACAUGUGCGAGGUGCAAACAAGGUGAAGAUUGCAAGCAAAUUGGGAACGAUGAAUUGGUAUCCAUGA